AUGGCUCCAGGGAAUUUCAGUCAGGUGACUGAGUUCAUUCUCAUUGGUGUCUCAGACCGUCCUGAGCUCCAAAUCCCCCUUUUCUUUGUCUUCCUGGUGAUCUAUGGGCUGACAGUGGCAGGGAACCUUGGCAUCAUCAUACUCACCAGUGUGGAUUCUCGACUUCAAACUCCCAUGUACUUUUUCCUCAAACACUUGGCUAUUAUCAAUCUUGGCAAUUCUACUGUUAUUGCACCUAAAAUGUUGGCCAACUUCCUGGCUAAGAAGAAAACCAUCUCCUACUACUGCUGUGCAGCUCAACUUGGUGGAUUCUUAGUUUUCAUUGUGGCAGAGAUUUUCAUGCUGGCCGUAAUGGCCUAUGACCGUUACGUGGCCAUUUGCAACCCCCUACUCUAUAUGGUGAUAGUAUCUCGGCAGAUUUGUUUUCUGUUAGUGUCUCUCACAUACCUCUAUGGCUUGACCACAGCACUGACCGUCACUCCUUGUGUGUUCUCCGUGUCAUACUGUUCUUCCAAUGUAAUCAAUCAUUUCUACUGUGAUGACGUACCUUUGUUAGCAUUGUCCUGUUCUGAUACCUACAUUCCAGAAACUGCGGUGUUUACCUUUUCGGGGACCAAUUUGCUUUUCUCCAUGAUCAUUGUUCUAAUAUCCUACUUCAACAUUGUCAUUGCCAUUUUGAGGAUACAGUCCUCGGAAGGAAGACAAAAAGCUUUUUCCACCUGUGCCUCUCAUAUGAUGGCAGUCACCGUGUUCUAUGGGACUCUGUUUUUCAUGUAUUUGCAACCAAGGACUAAUCACUCACUAAAUACUGAUAAAAUGGCCUCUGUCUUCUACACCCUAGUUAUACCAAUGCUGAAUCCACUCAUUUACAGUCUAAGGAACAAAGAGGUGAAGGAUGCACUGAAGAGGUUACUGAAAAACCCAUGCCAAUCAUUCAAAUUAUUGUAA